UGCCAUAAUUUGCUUCGACAGGUGUCUUACAUCCCGAUAGCACUGCUGGGUGUCCCACCGAGUCACUUUCUAGUCCAUAUGCAAUUAAACACACUCUACCAGAUCUGGCUUCAUACAGAGACUGUUUCUUCUCUGGGACCUCUCGAGUACAUCAUGAACACCCCAUCGCAUCAUCGAGUCCAUCAUGGAAGCAAUCGGUACUGCAUAGACAAGAACUAUGCGGGGGCGCUCAUCAUCUGGGAUCGAAUUUUUGGGACGUUUGAACCCGAAGGCGAUCAAGUUGUCUAUGGCCUCACCCACCCAGUCAGCACUUACAAUCCCAUCAAACUCCAAUUCCACCACUUUCAGAGCAUCUGGGAAUCCCUAUGGAAAAUGGAGAGCUGGGGGGACCGACUGAAAGUUCUUUUCUAUGGCCCAGGCUGGGAACCCGGACAACCCAGGCUUUACCCUAAGGAUCUCCUGCCUGACGUGUCUUACAUCCCGAUAGCACUGCUGGGUGUCCCACCGAGUCACUUUCUAGUCCACAUGCAAUUAAACACACUCUACCAGAUCUGGCUUCAUACAGAGACUGUUUCUUCUCUGGGACCUCUCGAGUACAUCAUCAACACCCCAUCGCAUCAUCGAGUCCAUCAUGGAAGCAAUCGGUACUGCAUAGACAAGAACUAUGCGGGGGCGCUCAUCAUCUGGGAUCGAAUUUUUGGGACGUUUGAACCCGAAGGCGAUCAAGUUGUCUAUGGCCUCACCCACCCAGUCAGCACUUACAAUCCCAUCAAACUCCAAUUCCACCACUUUCAGAGCAUCUGGGAAUCCCUAUGGAAAAUGGAGAGCUGGGGGGACCGACUGAAAGUUCUUUUCUAUGGCCCAGGCUGGGAACCCGGACAACCCAGGCUUUACCCUAAGGAUCUCCUGCCUGACAACAAGACCCCGAUGCAGAAAUAUCAGCCAAAGAGUCCCUGGCAUCUUCAGGUUCAUGCCGUCAUGCUGUUUCUAAUUGGUGGCAUGAUGCAUGCCCAGUUCGUGUCCAUCCACAAGACUUGGUACCUCCAUCAAGCGCUUCUGUUUCUUGGCUACAUGGUCCUCUCGAUUCAGAGCCUUGGGCUGAUGCUGAAGAACGAUACACAGGGACCUCGAGUUGAACUCCUCCGUUGCCUUGUUUCCGCUUUCCUUGUUCUCAUUUUCCCUUUUAUGGAUGUCUGGCCCUUGAAGCUCUUUACUUGGGUAUCUGGUUUUCACGCGAUCAUCUGGGCACUUAAGAAGAAGCAAAAGCAGUUGCGAUGAGGAUGAAUUAAAUAUGCAAUGAGAAUGUAUUUGGAUAUACAACGACUAAGAGAUUAUAGAAAUGUAGGAAAUUGUAAUCCCAUGAGACUAGACAAAUUAGUGACUAAGUAAACUGAUGACCUAAUGACUAACAAAGGAAAACAUAUGAUACACUGUAUAAACUGAUUUUGAACUUAUAUGCAUAAUACUCGACUCUAGUCGAAGGAAUUCCUCGCCAGUUAUGAUGUUCAAAAAUUGUGAAUACAUUCAAAUAUUCCAAGGGGCAUUGAAAUAGUCGUUUGAAUCCCCACAAGUUUUUUCACAAGCAAACAGGGUGUUACUAAUCCAGAAGCAGAAAGUGAUCAUGAUCAUUUUCAUUCUGAAGGUAUAUCAGAUCCAUCAUGACACCGUUUAGAAUGAUAUAUAAAAUAAGUG